AAGUCAGAUCCAUCAUCAUCAUCGGUCAACAUGGCCCGCUUUGCUCUCACAGCCCUCGCUUUCCUCCUCUUGGAGGUACUGGCAGUCAAUGCCGGCGAGGACAACAACGACAACUACCCCGUCUACGGAGGUGACGACGGUGACAGUGACAACAACCCCUACAACUUCACCAUCCUCGCCGAUUCCGGUGUCUAUGGUCCUCCUCUCGAGGUCGUCCACGCCUACUUUGGCGAGUGGCCCAACGGCGUGAGCGUCUCGAGCACCGGCCGUAUCUUCUCCAACUUCCCCGCCAUCGUGCUGGGCAACGUCAACAACGGCACGCCCGGGGUCUUUUCAGUUGCCGAACUCACCUCUCCCUCCACCGAAGAGGCCUAUCCCUCUGUGGAUAUCAACACCCCUCCCUGCCCCGGCGGUGCCGUGAAUCUGACGGACCCCGAAAACCCCGUCGGAUGCGGAAGUCCGGACGCCUUCAUUUCCGUGCAGAGCGUCCAGGUGGAUGCUGAAGACCGGCUAUGGAUUCUUGACACGGGAAGGCCGAUCUACACCUUGCCCGACGGCUCUGUCAUUCUCGUAAACUCCAGCUACGGCGGGCCCAAGCUCGUCGGCGUCGAUCUUUCCACCGACCUUGUGUUCCAAACCAUCCUCUUCCCUGAAGACGUCGUCUUUCCUGAUACGUCCUACAUUGACGAUUUCCGCAUUGACCUGAACCCCAGCCUGUCCAACACCACCGGCGAGGGCGUCGCUUACAUCACGGACACUUCCUUGUGGGGUGAUAACGCCAUCAUCGUCGUCGACCUCGGCACCGGCGACUCUUGGCGCCGAUUGGAAGGCGAUCCGUCUGUCGUGGCCGAACCCGGCUUCCUCCCUUUUAUCUGGGGUCAACCUCUCUACUUCACUGAGAACCCCGGCAACCCGCCGGAUGGCAACCUGACGAACACGACGCCGGCUUACCUCCCUGCGGGCGUGAACGGUCUCGCUCUCUCGGCCGAUGGCGAAACGCUCUUCUACGCCCCCCUCGCGGGCAGGAACCUCUACUCGGUGCCCACCGCCCUGCUGCGCGAGCCCGACGAUGCCGUCGAGGCGGAACUAGCUGCUGCGGUAGUGAACUAUGGCAAUACGGGAUUCAGCGACGGGUUGGAGACCGAUCCCGAGAGCGGAUUCAUCUACAAGGGAAGUUUCGAAGCGAAUGCCGUGGUGGCGUUUGAUGCUGAUACGGGCGUGACGCAGACGGUGGUGCGGGACCCGCGGCUGGGGUGGGUGGAUUCGCUCAGUGUGGCGGAGCUGGAAGAUGAGGAGACGGGAGAGACGCAGAGCUGGUUGUAUAUCUCGAGUGAUCAGUUUGAUCGGUCGUGGUGGUUCUGGGCGCCCGGAGCGCACUCGGGGGAUAUCCAGGAGAGGCCGUUUGGGUUGUUUAGGGUGCCGUUGCCGUUGCCUGACCCUGAUUGCGAAUAUGCGGAUACCGUUAACUACUAAGGUGUACCUCUAGGUACCCUAAUGGGGAAGGGACAUGUUCAAAGGUGGGAAGAGAAUGAAGGGAGAAACCAGAAUGUAUUGAACCAGGCAGGAAAGGAGGACAAGAGAGGCCAGUAUCAUAUCGGAGUACCUUCAGGUAAACGGAGUGGAGGGAAAACGAAUGUACGCAAGCCCAGAGUAAACGAAAGUAGCCGAAUAAUAAACUUGGUGGUUGAAAAACAAGAAGGGCAUGCACACCUAGGUACAUGACUGAAUCUGUUCAACAGACAGGGUACUUGACUGUGUGAUGAAGUGAGGAUGUAAAGGGAUGGGCGUCUCGGGGGAAGAUAAACAAAGGGCAGGCAGCCAAGUAUCCGGUCAGAAACAGGCCAGCUUGUGUCCGUCGUUUACUGCGGAGGCCAUCAUUGACCAAGUGUAGGUGGUUGUCCGCCAUCGCCAUCAAUCACUUGUGGACAGCUAGUAGGAUUUGGAUGAGAUCUGCUAUGUGGUGGCGUUGGUGGGCAGAGCAUGAGACCGUAAGGUGAUGGAGGGG